CAACGUUGUAGGCGCCAGGCAGUGGAAAAGAAACACGGGAGAGUGAGUGAGUGAGUGAGUUCGAACUUCGAAGCUCCCAACAUUCUCUCUUCUCUUCUCUUCUCUUCUCUUGUCUUCUGGCAUUGCCACUAUGCUUUAAGCAGUUCUAGGGUUAGGGCUUUGGCUUCUCAGAAAUGGAGGGAUACAGAAGGAAGGCGCACAUAGCGCUGGUCGCCAUGGUGGUGCUCGCUUCCCUCGCUGUCUUUGCUUUGCUCAUCGCCCUCUCUUACUACUGCUACAUCCUCAACAAGCUCUCUAACCGCCGCAAAACCCUCAAAAAAGUUGAGGACGCUAACCUUAACGACAAAAGUGACUUUGCAAAUCUGCAAGUUGUCGCUGAGAAGGGACUUCAGGUGUUCACUUUCAAGCAGUUGCAUUCUGCAACAGGGGGCUUCAGCAAGUCAAAUGUCAUUGGUCAUGGUGGAUUUGGACUUGUUUACCGGGGAGUGCUCAAUGAUGGCAGGAAAGUUGCCAUAAAAUUCAUGGAUCAAGCAGGAAAGCAAGGGGAAGAAGAAUUUAAAGUAGAGGUGGAAUUGCUAAGUCGUUUGCAUUCUCCAUAUCUGCUGGCAUUGCUUGGGUACUGCUCUGAUAGUAAUCAUAAAUUGCUGGUGUAUGAAUUUAUGGCACAUGGUGGACUGCAGGAACAUCUUUAUCCUGUCAGCAAUUCUAAUGUUACAGCUGUAAAGUUGGAUUGGGAAACUCGAUUAAGAAUAGCACUUGAAGCUGCUAGGGGCUUGGAAUAUCUUCAUGAACAUGUCAGUCCUCCAGUGAUUCACAGAGAUUUUAAGAGCAGCAACAUCCUCUUGGAUAAGAAGUUUCAUGCCAAAGUUUCUGAUUUUGGAUUGGCAAAGCUUGGACCUGAUAGAGCUGGUGGACAUGUUUCAACUCGAGUUUUGGGCACCCAGGGAUAUGUUGCUCCCGAAUAUGCACUAACAGGACAUUUAACAACAAAAUCAGAUGUGUACAGUUAUGGUGUUGUACUUUUGGAACUGCUCACUGGCCGAGUGCCAGUUGAUAUGAAGAGACCUCCAGGGGAAGGUGUUCUUGUUUCUUGGGCUCUCCCCCUUUUGACUGAUAGAGAGAAGGUUGUAAAGAUUAUGGAUCCUUCAUUGGAGGGACAGUACUCCAUGAAAGAGGUUGUCCAGGUGGCUGCAAUUGCUGCAAUGUGCGUGCAACCGGAGGCCGAUUAUAGGCCGCUCAUGGCAGAUGUUGUGCAGUCAUUGGUUCCACUGGUGAAGACUCAAAGGUCCCCUUCAAAGGUAGGCAGCUCUAGUUUCCAUUCCCCUAAGUUGUCCCCAGGCCCCACAUCCAUUUAAUGCAUGUAAUGUCACAUAUUAUCAACAUUUAAAUGAAGGAUAGGUACAUGCUCACCAAACUUAGAUUUGUAACCUCGGUAGUUGCUGUUUCUUUGUAAUCUUAAUUCUUAAACCAUGUGAUGCUGAUUGAAGAGGGAAAAAAUGCUGGGCUUAAUGUUAAUAGUUUAAAUUAAUGAAAGAUAGACCUGUUUAUAUUUUA